AGACAGUUUUGCCAGCGAAGAACAAACGCCUUGAAAGCACCCCGCAGAGAUAGAGGUUAGCUGAAAGCCAUGCGCCGUGCCUUGUGUUUGAGUGCUUUGGCCACUGCCAGUGGCAAGAUCUAUUUCUCUGAGACCUUCGGAGAUGGAUGGGAGAGCCGCUGGACCCCCAGUGAGUGGAAGAAGAGCGACGGCACUCAGGGCACCUGGAAAGCUUCAGCCGGCAAGUGGUUCAGUGAUGAGAAGGAAGAUCAAGGCAUCCAAACUGCUGAGGACUCCCGAUUCUUCGGCCUCUCUGCGGGCUUUGAUUCCUUCAGCAACGCCGGAAAGGAUCUCAUCAUUCAGUACCAGGCCAAAUACGAGAAGGACAUCGAGUGCGGUGGUGGAUACGUCAAGAUUGGCCCCAAGCUCAGUGAUCCCACCACCUUUGGUGAUCCGACGCCUUACAACAUCAUGUUCGGCCCGGACAAGUGUGGCUACACCAAGCGUACUCACUUGAUCUUCAAUUACAAGGGCAAGAACGUCCUGAAAAAGUCUGACUUGGCGUACAAGCAGGAAGGUGAAGGCACUUCCCAUGUCUACAGGCUUGUGUUGAAGCCAGACAACACUGCACGCGUCGAAAUUGAUGGUGAGAAGAUCUAUGAAGGAUCUCUGAAGGAGGACUGGGAGUUGUUGGCUCCCAAGGAGAUCAAGGAUCCUGAGGACAAGAAACCCAGUGACUGGGUGGAUGAUAGUAUGAUGAAUGAUCCUGACGACAAGAAGCCUGAUGAUUGGGUGGAAGAGAAGCGAAUCGUAGAUGAAAAGGCCAAGAAACCUGAUGACUGGGAUGAUGAAGAGGAUGGUGAAUGGGAGGCUCCCAUGAUCGACAAUCCCGAGUACAAGGGUGAGUGGACUGUGAAGCGCAUCUCCAACCCAGCCUACAAGGGCGUUUGGGAGGCAAAGAAGAUUGCCAACCCUGAAUUCGUCGAUGACGACACCCUGUACAAGUACGAUGACUUUGGCUUCAUUGGUUUUGACUUGUGGCAGGUGAAGGGCAACACCAUUUUUGAUAAUGUGAUUAUUACCGAUGAUGUGGCAGAGGCUGACAAGUUUGUUGCGAAGUGGAAGACCCUGAGUGAGGUAGAGAAGGCCAAGAAGAAGGAGGAGGACGAUGCCAAGGCCGAGGAGGCCAAGGCCAAGGCCGCUGAAGCCGAGUCCAAGGAGGACGACGAUGAUGACGAUUCCGAAGACUGAGCUCAGCGCUACGCCGGCGACGCCGGCAACGCCGUCUCACCGACCUCAAAUUGAGGUAGCCGAGGUAGCCACUUUGCAAAGUGCUGGCAAUUUUGACCCUUUUCACAGAACUUCAAGUGUUGUUACAG